CGUCUAAAAUCUAUUUUCAAUCAGAUGAUCGGAAGAGCUGCACUUUCUGCACUUUCUGUACACUUUCUGCAUUUUCUUAGGCAAAAUGAGUAAACAGAAAAGUUUGGACGUCACGGAACAAGUAGAUCCUGUCAAAAAACAUGCAUUGCAACGUAACCAAGCAAUAUACAAUCCUUGUUACAAGGAACACCUUUUAUCCCUAAAAUGUUUGGAUACUAAUCAGGAAAACCGUAAAGCGUGCGAAGUAUACUUUGUUAAUUAUAAAAAUUGUAAAGAAUUUUGGGCUAAAGUGCAGUCUGAACGCAAAUUACAAGGUAUCAGACCAUAUAUGCCACCCUUUGAAGAGCGUGCAAAGAUAAAGGCUGAUUUUCUAAACUCUAGAUAGUGAUAAAUGUAUAUAACCAUUUUACUUUGUAAAAAUAUCUUUUAUUUCGUGAAAUCUUAGGUAUUUUUUCAAUACGUCUUGCAAUAUUUCACUGUAAUAUAUUAUAUAUAUAGUUUUCAACAAAAUGUAAGCCAAUGUAAGCUUUAGUAAGCAUAUUAAAGACAUAAAAACAAUUGA